AUGUUAAAUUCAACAGAAGAUGAUAUAGUAACAGAUGAAGAAAUAGCUAUAACAGCUAUCCUUGGCACAAUCAUUUAUUUAGGUGGUUUUAUAGGAAAUUUUUUAUCGCUAACAAUUUUUAUUCGUAUUGAAAUACGUCGAGUAUCAACUGGACUACUUUUUUUAUUAUUAACUAUAUCAAAUAAUAUUCAAUUACUAACAUUAAUUAUUGAAUUUAUUGAUGUUGCUUAUAAUGUUCGAUUUAUUCAUCUUGCUUUAAUUCGAUGUCGUUUUAUUUAUUGGCUUCAAAAUAUUUUUCGUGCAUUAAGUUCGUAUAUAGCUUGUACAAUUAGUUUUGAUCGUAUGUUUCGUGCAAUUUACCCAGCACGUGCAAAAUAUUUUUGUACAUGUCGUAUAGCAUGGAGAAUUGUUCUGAUUUAUUUAUUUAUUUUUACAUUUUCAUUAACAUUUUAUUUACUUCCAUAUAUGAAUGAAGAUGAUAAUGGAAUUUGUAUAACAACAUCGAAUACAAUUUAUAAUAAAUUUCUAACGAUUAUAUGGCCACCUAUUCGUACUAUUGUUGUUUGUAUUAUUCCUGCUGUAAUAAUGAUUACAACAAAUAUAUUAUUAUGGCGUCGAAUACGUGAAUCAAAACGUCGUGUUGCACCACGUUCAUCAAAUCCACAUCAUUCAACAAGUACAGAAACAAUGCUUAUAUUUAUAACAAUUUCAAAUGUAUUAGCAUUUAUUCUAACACAAAUUCCAUUUCAUAUCUAUACGACUAUUGUACGUUAUAAAUCAUCAAUUGAUCAUAUACGUACACCAAUGCUUCUUUGGAGUAGUGUUUAUUUUGGUAUUGGAUUUUAUAUUUAUUGUUUAACAUCACCGUACUUUCGUUCGAAAUUUCUUUUAACAGUACAUUGGUGUUUAAAAAAACGAAGACGAAUUCGUGUUCCAUUAAAUACAAUAUCACAACGUACUCUAAAUUAA